AUGAUUGUGUUCAGUGGACCGACAGUUGCUCCGAGCCGAAGCGUCCUGGAAUGGUCACGCUUGGGGAAUCCUUCGCAAGAAUCUUUGUGGGUCGUCGAUCAUCCGGAGAGGGCAAUCAAGCCGGUUGAAUUGGCCAAACAAAAACAAGUGAAUUUGUCUGAUUUAGCAAAUAUCACCAUCGAGAUAUUAUGUCGGCUGCAAUUGCUCUAUCAUACCAACAAAACCGAUGGCGAAUGGGUUUGGGAAUUGUCCGAUGUCAACAUCAGCGAUAUUGUCGACGUACUCGGACUCGAUGGCUAUGUGGCACUCAGUGACGUCAUUGUGCUUCCCGUAUGGUUUAAAGUAUCGAUGACGGUGCUGUUUGUCGGGUGUUUGAUUUGGGCCAGUAUCAGCAAUGUGCGCAUGCUCGUCGCCAUUGGCAUUCGCAGAUCGUCGUGGUCGAAAACCAAUGUCCUUAUUGGAGCUCUAGCUCUAAGUGACUUGUUGACUGUCAGCAGCACUACACCGACAGAAAUAUCUUCCGUUAUUCAUGAUUUAAAUAUUUGGGAUUUUGGACGGCUCGGUUGUGUCAGCUUCCCGUUUUUGCAAAGCGCCGCCAUCUUGAGUAAUGCACUCAUUUUGUGUCUGAUUGCAUAUGACCGUUACGUUUGCGUGGUCAAGAUGCAACCACAUACAAUGAAAGCCAAACCUGGUUGGCCUAUCGUGGGCUGCAUCAUAGCUGUUUGGAUCGUUUCGAUUGGAAUCGCUUUACCUUCCUUCUGGAUAUGGCGCAUUUACUAUUUCAUCUUAGUUGAUGACAUUCCUGACCCUGAAAUUGGAAUGGAUUUUUGCAGCGUCUUUCCUUCUUGCAACAACAACACUAAAUUGGGUCCGAAAAUCUACCCCGCCUAUCAUGUCAUGUUGUGCGGAGCCAUUUUCGUUCCAUUAUUUCUACUCUUUGUGGUACUUUAUGGACGAAUCGGCCAUUUUCUUUGGGUUCGCUCGCCAAUUGGAACAGGGGAUUCCUCCAACCUCCAUCUUGCCAGGAAGAAACGGAUAGCAUGGGCACUUUUCUGGCUCGUGUUCUGGUUCUUCUUUUGUCGAAUGCCCAACUGGAUUUUUGUUAUGGUUACGAUGUUCGUAGACGAAGAAAACACUAGCGGAUUGUCGAUGCUUAAAAGCACACUGGUAUUCCUUUCGGUAUUGAAUACUGUUGUCAAUCCAUGGCUCUAUUCUCAGCUCAACGAACCACUGAAAAAAACUAUGAGUAACUGCAGCGAAAAGCUAUGUGGACAAAUCCGCAAUUUGUCUUGCUGUGGGACUGAAAGGAAAGUGGGUCUCUGUGAUGAACAACAACAGGAUCAUUUGGCACAACAACUGGAACGCCGUGGUUCUCAUCAUCUAGUUCAACCCAUAGUCCUAAUGGAAGAACCGGGCAUCAUACGCCCUCAAGCCAAUGAGUUAGCCAUCUUUACCGUCCACAAAUUGGUCCAUGCUGAGGUGACGCAGUCGACCUCUAAGAACGGCAAUAAAACCCGCCAAACUUUUUUGGAAUGACAAUUUUUCGUUCCGAAUUAUUUUUACCAGUUAUUAUUUUUUAAAUUAACCUUAUUUUAUAUAUAUGAAAAUUCUUUUUCGUAAAUGUAAUCUCUGAUGAAUUUUAAAUAAAUU